AGUGACAGGGAAACUAGAAUAGAGACCAGAACUUCAUUUGAGGGAGGGUUUGGGCUUAAUAUUUGUUAUCAUAAAACAGACAGGGUUAAUUUAUAUCUCAAGAGAAUACUUAGGAUGGCAGCAAGGUGGCCUUAUGAAUGGAUAUGAAGGCUUUCAUUUUAUAUCUGUAUUCCACUUGGAUUGGUAGGGGUUACUGGAUAUCAUUCUUAAGUUUUUGGUUUCCUUUCUUGUUAAGGUUACUCCUACAAAGACAUUCUUUGGAAACUAGUAGAGCUCAAAGACAACUCGAAGGAGAUAGCCCAACUGUGGACGUCAGUUUAGACAUAAAUUCCAGGUUUGAUGAGGAAAAGUGAGUUACAGAGAGUUUGAAAAUCAUACUGCUAGUGAAUGGCCCAACUGGGAUUUGAACCCAGGACUGAGACUGAGAUCUUUAAGGCAUAAUAUUAAGAAGACUUUGGUACAAAAUUAGCUGGGCGUGGUGGCGCAUGCCUGUAAUCCCAGCUACCCGAGAGGCUGAGGCAGGAGAAUCACUUGAACCUAGGAGGUGGAGGUUGCGCCAUAUGUGUCAUUGGCUCAGCAGAUGGCACCACCUAGCCCAAGCAACAGUACACCUAACAGCAGUAGUGGAAGCAAUGGAAAUGACCAGCUGAGCAAAACCAACCUAUACAUCCGAGGAUUGCAACCAGGCACUACUGACCAAGAUCUUGUCAAGCUGUGUCAACCAUAUGGCAAGAUUGUUUCCACUAAGGCCAUACUGGACAAGACCACAAACAAAUGCAAAGGCUAUGGCUUUGUAGAUUUUGACAGCCCUUCAGCAGCACAGAAAGCUGUAACAGCACUGAAGGCCAGUGGUGUACAGGCACAGAUGGCAAAGCAACAGGAACAGGACCCCACAAAUUUAUACAUCUCAAACCUCCCACUGUCAAUGGAUGAGCAGGAACUGGAGGGGAUGCUGAAGCCCUUUGGCCAGGUUAUCUCUACCCGUAUCCUUCGAGAUACCAGUGGGACCAGCAGAGGUGUUGGCUUUGCAAGGAUGGAGUCCACAGAGAAGUGUGAAGCCAUCAUCACCCACUUUAAUGGAAAAUAUAUUAAGACACCCCCUGGAGUACCAGCCCCAUCUGAUCCCUUGCUUUGCAAAUUUGCUGAUGGCGGGCCAAAGAAACGACAGAACCAAGGAAAAUUUGUGCAAAAUGGACGGGCUUGGCCAAGGAAUGGAGACAUGGGCAGCAUGGCCUUGACCUAUGACCCCACAACAGCUCUUCAGAAUGGGUUUUACCCAGCCCCUUAUAACAUCACCCCCAACAGGAUGCUUGCUCAGUCUGCACUCUCCCCAUACCUUUCCUCUCCUGUGUCUUCGUAUCAGAGAGUGACUCAGACAUCUCCUCUACAAGUACCUAACCCAUCUUGGAUGCACCACCAUUCAUACCUCAUGCAGCCUUCAGGUUCAGUUCUGACACCAGGGAUGGACCAUCCCAUUUCUCUCCAGCCUGCCUCCAUGAUGGGACCCCUUACCCAGCAACUGGGCCACCUCUCCCUCAGCAGCACAGUAUAUGCCGACGGCUGCAGCUAUGCAAGGAGCUUACCUCUCCCAGUACACCCCUGUGCCUUCUUCCAGUGUUUCAGUCGAGGAGAGCAGCGGCCAACAGAACCAAGUGGCAGUGGACGCACCCUCAGAGCAUGGGGUCUAUUCUUUCCAGUUCAACAAGUAACAGUGGGAGAUUCCCCUCCCCAUCUUUACUGAAUAGAAAUGAAUUCUUGGAGAUACUCUUGCUCCCAGAUUCCAGAGGGUUAACCAGGAAUGGAGACCAUCCGUCGGCCCUGCUAAGGACUAACACUCAGCCAUCGGUUUUCGCAGGCCUGGGCCUGGAAAAAGAAAGCUCUAUGUUCCUGCCCUUUGCUAUUUCUCCGUUGCUGAUGGAGCCUGGGGGAACCAUCACUUUUCUUGUGUGCUACAUUCAAGGAGAUCAAAAAAACUUCUUUUCUUUUGCAAAGAAAGCUUUUUGUUUUUAACUGCAACGUAAUUUUCCCCUACCCUAAAGAGACAUGGUGGUUGUAGCUUCUCAUCUAUAUGAAAAAGUUUUUGAUAUAUUGGAAUUAUUUGGGAAUGCUUUUAAAAUAAUUUGUAAUUAUUUCUUUACAAACCGAAACAGAACAGAAAGAUGUGGUGCUAGAACAUUGCUGAAGGAGCUCUACUUACUGAGCUUAGUUCUGGACUUUUUUGAUGUGUGUCUAUGUGUUUUAAAAAGUAUGCAGCCUUUAAAAAAUUUGUUUGGUAAAGCUCUCAGCUCACACACCCCAUCUCCUCUUCACCCAUAUUAUGCCUUCUUUCUCUAGUCCAGAUUCUUCUUUUUCUCUUUUCUAAACAGCUGAGCCUGCCUAUUUUGCCCUCUUACAGCUUUUAAUUUUAUGCAUUUUUUAAAAUGACAUUUCAUGUGGAAUUUGGGGUUGGGGGGCAGGCUGGGCAAGGAACAAGGUAGAACACUAAGUAGGCCAUGGAAGUGGCUGUUCUUUCCCCCACCCUGCCACACCCUGGGAGAAAAAACUAGACUUUGGCUUCAGAAAGCACAGAUGUGACCCAGGCUUACUAAAGAGACAAUUCCACAGCCCUGGGAACACACCCUUGAGCCAAAUGUGAAGACUAGGUCUUCCCUGGCAAGUUCCGGAAGAAUGGACUUACUGACUUUUACCAACUCUUCUCACUGCCAAGGCCAACAGCAUCUGAGGAAGUGUCUUUUCCAGCUACAGCUUUUUGGGAGUACCUGCUUUCCUGCUUCCUGGAGGAUAUUUUCUGUCCUGGGCUUCAUGGCCCCUCUCUUCCCUGUUGCACGUUGCUGUGCUCAGAGCCUUUGCAGCUGUGAUCUAGUUGAAUCCACAUAGGCUCCUUCCACACUGUGGAAGAUCUGCUGCUUCACCCACAGACCAGAGGUUCUCAACCAGAGGUGAUUUUGUCCUUCCCAAGCCUUUGGCAACAUCUAGAGACAAUUUUGAUUGCCAUGCCUGGAGGUGGGAUGUGUGUGCUACUGGCAUCUAGUGGCUGGAAGCCAGGAUUGCUGUUAAACAUCGUAUACUGCAUAGUAUAGUCCCCACUACCCCCAACCAAGAAUUAUCUGACUCCAGAGGUCAAUAUUACCAAGAUUGGGAAACACUGAUAUAUCAGUGUUGUCCCUGCCUCCUGGGUUAGGGUAAAUUCUCACCCCAACCCUGGACAAACAGUGCCUUUUGACACUCAUGCAACUGUUUGGGAAGGACUGGACUGGGAUCCUUGAAUUCUCCCCAGACUUUGACUUUUGAUAACUCUGUAUGUAGCAAGAGUGAUUCCUGAAGGAGUUGUGGCUCCAUGCUGAAUGCACACGUGUACUCAGAGGGAUUCAGCUGGGCAGUGUUCUGGUGUGUGCUGUGCAAUGGUGGGAAAGAACAAAGCUCUCUAAACUGUCCAGAGCAACUUGCCCUGCCCUGGUGUGCUCGGACCCUUUGCCCAGGGAACCAGGACAUGAGAAAUAAUAUUCCUUCUGUGGAAGGACAACAGAGAGCUAGGGUACAAAAGAACAAUAAAUUCCAACUCUUU